GCGCUACAGGCUUUUGCGAUCUAGCACGCGAUCAAGAUCUAGAAUUAGACCUGUAAAUUGUGACGCGACUUAAACCAAGGUUGUGACCCUGCGCCACCAGCAACGAGCACGGAGCCGCUACAGUUGUAGCCAAUCCACUGGACUGCAAGCGUGGAGUAAUUGGCCCAUUCAGGCACAAGAAAGAGAACCUGAAUAAACCGCGCCCCGCUGUGACGCUCGUACGUAGUCGUUCCGCAUUACCUGUGCAUCGCGGGGUGGCCUGUUUGUUCCUGUUGUCGAUCGAAGUACGUCAUCAGCUCGUAGGCCAUAACUGCCUCAAGACGCGCUCCUGCUAUAAACCAUUGACCCUCCGCUUCAAUUGAUAACUCAAUUCUCACACACACAAACAACAAUCCACACAAGCAACAUGGAGACCAUCAGCAACAUUGCGUCCACCGCGACGUCUACAGUCUCGAACCUCAUCUAUGGAAACCAGGACACAGCUACGAAGACCAACGAGACAGCCGGCAAGGAGCCCGUCUCCGGCCAGGUUGGCAAGGGCACUGCCGACGAGCCCUACGACCAGGGCAACUCCGGUGAGUCCGGCUCAGCGUAGAAAGUUCACUGACAAGGCACGUGCUCACAUCACUUGCAGAGUCCGCUCUUGACAGGAACACUACCUCGACUACCGGCACAGGUAUCGAGCCUUCGCGCGAAGUAGAGCCCACUGGCUCUAUCCAGGAGCCCGAGGACCUCAUCAAGGCCUACAACAACGAAG